AUGUCGUCGAACGAGAAACACACCGGCAUCAACGAGAAGCUGCACUCGUCGCUGCCGGCCCAAGUCGCCGAUCACCUGCCGCAUAUCCCCGAGACCAAAGCCGAGCUCAAGACGGAGCUGAAAGCCGAGGCGCAAGCUGCCGCGUCUAGCUUCUCGUCGCAGCUGCGGUCCUUUGCUGCUGGCGGUUUCGGCGGUGUAUGCGCCGUCGUUGUUGGCCAUCCGUUCGAUCUGGUCAAGGUGCGCUUGCAGACUGCGGAUAAGGGAGUGUAUUCUUCGGCUAUUGAUGUCGUGAGGAAGAGCAUUGCUCGGGAUGGGUUGAAAAGGGGGUUGUAUGCCGGUGUGAGUGCGCCGUUGGUCGGUGUUACGCCUAUGUUCGCCGUCUCCUUUUGGGGCUACGACCUCGGCAAGCAAAUCGUAACAUCCUUCUCCCCCCCUUCCCCCACCGGCGCCUUAUCCAUCGGCCAGAUCAGCGCGGCGGGCUUCUUCUCCGCGAUCCCUAUGACCGCCAUCACCGCGCCCUUCGAGCGCGUCAAGGUCAUCCUGCAAGUCCAGGGCCAGCGCCUGAAGCCCGGCGAAGAGCCCAAGUAUAAAGGCGGCCUGGACGUCGUGCGCCAGCUCUACCGCGAAGGCGGCGUGCGCUCCGUCUUCCGCGGCAGCGCGGCUACGCUUGCCCGCGACGGCCCCGGGUCUGCCGCCUACUUUGCUGCCUACGAGUAUAUCAAGCGCCGCCUGACGCCGCGCGAUCCGGUAACAGGAAAACCCAGCGGCGACUUAAGUCUAAUGGCUAUUACGGCGGCGGGAGGCGCGGCGGGUGUGGCUAUGUGGAUUCCUGUGUUCCCCGUUGAUACUGUCAAGAGUCGACUGCAGACCGCUGAAGGCAACGUGACUAUCGGUGGUGUUGUUCGGGAGCUGUACGGCAGGGGUGGAGUGAAGGCCUUCUUCCCAGGUUUCGGGCCGGCGCUCGCGAGGGCGGUGCCUGCUAACGCGGCCACGUUUUUGGGCGUCGAGCUGGCGCAUCAAGCUAUGAGGAAGGCGUUUGGUUGA